UUCGGAGAAAAAACCUGAAAAAGGCAGCCGAAAAAGAAAAAUAGCUUUUCAGUUCAGCCAUGGAUCUUCUUUUCAAAGCCUACUCCAACACUUCAGACGAUGAACCCGAACCCGAACCCGACCCUGAACCCAAACCUGUAAACCAUCACCACAUCCCUUUCCGCCCUUCGAAACGGCCCAAAUCCGAAUACUUAUUUCCCACAUUGGAUCUUCAAAAGAGAGAAGAAGCUCCGCUUUCCGGCAGGUACAUAUCGAAAAGGGAACGAGCACUUGCUGGUGCGGUUUCCCAGGCUCAUGAACCGAACCCGAUUCACCGGGAUCAUCAUGUCAUCAAUCAAUCAGUUCUUGGAAGCAUUUCAGAACUGGAUCUACCGCAUGAUGUUCUUUCAUCAAUGCGGCAUAAACCAAAGGGCCGUGCACAGCUAAGUCAAAUUCCUGGAAAGCUUUCUGUAGCUCUGCAUGGGCAUGCAAAAGCUGUUAAUGCUGUUCAUUGGUCACCGACUCAUGUUCAUCUACUUGCUUCUGCUGGGAUGGAUCAAACAAUCUGCAUAUGGAAUGUAUGGAGCAGAGGUCAGAAAAAAGCUCGUGUGUUUAGCUUUCAUAAUGCAGCUGUGAAAGAUGUUAAAUGGUCACAGCAGGGAUCAUUUGUACUUUCUUGUGGAUAUGACUGUUCAUCAAGGUUGAUUGAUGUUGAAAAGGGUCUUGAAUCUCUGAUUUUUAGAGAUGAUCAAGUUGUUGGAGUUAUAAAAUUCCAUCCAGAUGACUCAAACCUAUUCCUUUCUGGGGGCUCGAAGGGCAGACUCAGAUUGUGGGAUGUUAGAACUGGCAAGGUGGUCCAUGAAUACAUUCGAGGUCUGGGUCCAAUUCUUGAUGUUGAAUUCUCCACUGAUGGGAAGCAAUUUGUAUCUUCCAGUGACGUUUCCGGGAGUAACAUCAGUGAAAAUUCCAUUAUUGUUUGGGACAUCUCUAGACAGGUUCCACUGUCUAAUGAGGUUUAUGCAGAAGCCUACACUUGUCCUUGUGUUAGGUACCAUCCAUUCGAUCCCUAUUUUGUGGCCCAAUCAAAUGGGAAUUAUAUUGCCAUUUUCUCUUCAAAACCUCCCUUCAAGCUAGACAAGUAUAAAAGGUAUGAAAGCCAUGGAGUGUCUGGAUUUCCAAUUAAGUGCAAUUUCAGCUUGGAUGGGGAGAAGCUUGCCUCUGGUUCCUCAGAUGGUUCUAUAUACUUGUUUAACUCCCGAUCAUCGGUGCUUGUCAAGAAGAUCAAGGCGUACGAGGAAGCUUGUGUAGACAUCGCUUUCCACCCCAUAUUGUCUAAUGUAAUUGCUUCAUGCAGUUGGAAUGGAGAUGUUUCAGUGUUUGAGUGAGACUAUGUAUAAUAAAACAUCAACUUAUUUGUCAUUAAGGUUUAAGAUGCUUUAUGAGAUCAAAA